AUGAGUUCAAUCGUCAGAACCCCACCCCCCAAACGACUUAGUCAACAAAAUAUGACAGAGACUACUAACGACACCCGUCAUGACAAGACUGUAGUUCUAGAAACUAGGGACGAAAGGCAAAAGCCAAAAACAAAAAGUCCACAAGGUCUGGUGCAAAAGCAAGUAGUGCGAUUCUCUCUCUCCCCCCCAGCACAACACAAGCAACAGGCCAAACAGGCACAGGCAAAACCGCCAAAUGUGCAAAAAACUGGGGAACCUGUAAAAAAUAAAACAGAAAAGAAGGUCGCGAUUGCCACGACCGCGAGAAAGGAGGAAAGACUUGGGGAAGGGAAAGCAGAAGGAGAAAACGAAAUGGAAUUAUUAGAAAGGAUUGACAAAUUAAUUGACGACUCACGGAAUUUAAGAGGGGAUAUAAAGGAAGGAAUAAAGAAAGCCAUCAAAUCACUGCGCCAAAUGGCAAAGCAAACAAAGGAAAGUAAAAGCAAAGGAAAACGAGAAGUGAGGGAAAUACAGACACAGACAGAAGAAGAAGUAACGAAAGAAUCAGAACUCAUAGAAGGAAAAGAAAAGGACACAGGAACAGGAACCGAAAAUCUGAUAAAGGAAUUACGGGAACAGAGAAAGAUUAUAGAAAGGGAGUUUGCGGAACUGAAAAGGGAGCUACCAAAAAUGACAGCGAGGAUAGAAGAAUAUAGGAAAGAAGAGGAAACAUCUAAAAAGGAGAUUAGGGAGGCAUUGAAUCAAGGAAUCAUUGAAUUCAAAUCAUAUGCCAGCGUGGCCGCGACAGCAGUUAAAACAGAAGGAAAGGGAAGAACAAGACCUGAAUACGAAACAGCAAAGUAUGCCAUUACAGUAGCAUCGGAAGGAACAGAGACAAGCGGAGAGGUACUGGAAGAGAUAAGGAGGGUAGUAGACGCAAAAAAGACAGGACUGAGAGUGGAUAGGAUCAGGAAAAUAAAAGACCAAAAGGUAGUAAUAGGAUGCGAAAGCAGGGAAGAACUGGAGAAAGUUAAAGAGAAGUUAAAGAAGAAUAAAAACCUGCUCGUCGAAGAGGCCACGAACAAAGAUCCGCUUAUACUCCUCAGGGAUGUGCUGAGCGUCCAUACAGACGAAGAACUUGUAGCGGCGCUCAAGUGCAAGAACAAGGAGCUAAUGAGAGAAGUAAGGAAGGAAGAGGAGGAGAGGAUCAGAGUUAGAUACAGGAGGAACACAAGAAAUCCACAUGCCAACCACGUCGUAGUGCAGGUCCCGCCAGUAAUGUGGCAUAAUAUCACGGAGGCGGGUAGAGUGCAUAUCGACCUACAGAGAGUGGCGGCUGUGGACCAAACACCCCUGGUGCAGUGUUCGAGGUGCCUGGGUUACGGCCAUGGACGAAGGUUGUGUAAGGAAGAAAAAGACACUUGCUCACAUUGUGGCGGACCCCAUAAGAAGGAGAGCUGCCCUGAGCACCAAAGCGGGAAAAAGCCCUCCUGCAUAAACUGCAGCAGGGCAAGCAUCGAAGGGGCCAGCCACAAUGCCUUUGAGCAGGAGUGCCCAGUAAGAAGGAGAUGGGACAGGCUGGCAAGGGCCUCGGUAGCCUAUUGCUAA